CGACUCGAGGACUUCCCUCUCUUCUUGCUGAUCUUCGACACCCAUUGCGCAACUGCUAUUACAGAAACUGUGUUGUAGCAGCUUACAGGUGGGUAGGGUUCUGGUGGAUGGCGGGGACUAGCGCGGCGGCCCCCGUCAUUGGUCUUGAAUUUAUUUUCUGGUCGGACAUCUUUUCGCAACACACCUCAGAAACUCAUACCACCCUGCAACAUGGCGAAAACAAAACCGUCGAACCGCGCUGGCGACGCGAAAAAGAAGUCCAAAUCCGGUGACUCGAAAAAGUCGAAAGCCUCAGCGGAAGAGCUUCUCACACAAGCCGCUCUCCUCCUCCAGACCUCGCAGCCAGAGGAAGCCCUCGUCGCAGCGAGAAGAGCUCUCAACAUCCUUCAGCCGACCUCAAAGCCCACAACAGCCGCCCUUCCUGCACUCAACCUUCUCGGUGAAAUCAACAUCGAACUGGGCGACCCCGACUCUGCGCGCGAAGCCUUCCAAGUCGCCAUACUUCUUGACCCCGAGGGUGCGCAUGACGGCGCCGAGAAGUUCCUUUGGCUGGCACAACUCAACGAGGAUGGCGGGGCCGAGUCAGUACGGUGGUUUGAGAAGGGCAUUGAAGUCUUGAGGCGGGAGAUCGACGAGCUGGGAGAAAGAUUGGGCAAGAAGGCCGAGGUCGAGGACCUGCUGGAGGAGAAAAAGAUGAAGAUUGCAAACUCGCUGUGCGGUAUCGCAGAGGUCUACAUGACGGAUCUGUCCUGGGAGGCAGAUGCCGAAGCACGGUGCGAGGCAGCAGUCACAGAAGCUCUCAUGGUUGCGCCAAACAACGCAGAGCCAUUGCAGACGUUGGCCUCCAUACGGAUAUCUCAACUCAGACAGGAGGAUGCACAGGCAGCACUGACAAGGAGCAUCGAGCUAUGGAAAGAUCUGGAGCCAGACGACCCGAAAAUGCCCGAGUUCCCAACCUUGAUUAGCUUAGCACGACUGCUGAUGGAGGCUGACAUGGAAGACGACGCCAUUGACGUACUCGAACGACUCGUCAACAUAAACGACGGCAGUGUUGAGGCGUGGUACCUGGGCGGCUGGUGCCUGCAUCUACUUGCUGGCAAGCAAAAAGCAAAAGAAGGAGAUAAUGUGAAGACCGUUACGUCGCUGCUGAAGGCUAGUCGCGAGUGGCUUGUCAACUGCCUCAAGUUGUACGGCAUGCUGGAAUACGAAGACGAGCGGCUGAAGGAGCAUUCCGAGGAGCUACUCAAGGAGCUGAACGACACGCUGGGCCCGGCUGUUGAGGGCGAGGAAGAUGAGUGGUCAGACGAUGAGGGCGGUGAAGAUGACGACGAAGAGAUGGAGGGUGCUUGAGGCUGCAGCUUCGGGAUUAGUAGGUGCUGAAGCUGGUUCCAGAAGGAAGGCGCAGACGGCUG